GAAUCAAGAUUUCAGUACAAGAAUUUCUCAAAUCUCACACAGAUUACCAAAAUCCAGUGUCAAAUUCAGGAGAAUGUUUGCUCUGCUAAUCUGCUAUAGCAUUAUGCAGAGGCGGUCCUUGGAGGACCGUGUCCACGCGUGACCAGCGCGUGCGUAUCCCCGCGAAACGCCUCGUCGCGUUCAUAUUUGCUCACGGCUCGCGCGGCACUCGCGAGAGCACCUCGGCGUUAGUACCCAUCAAUGCCUCCCUCCUCCUCCUCCUCCGCCACCACCACCAGCUCGCCGUCUCGUCUCCCUCCUCCGCUUCGCCUCCUCUGAUCACCUCGCUCGCCGGCGACGCCGCGAUCGCCACCGCACCGCAGGGCAUUGUGUCGUCGAGGGGAGAGAUGAGGCCUCUGUACCUGCGCAGCAGCGGCAGCUUCAAGAAGCUGCUCCUCUCCAUCAGCCACCGCGGCGCCAAGAACGGCAAUGGCGACGCCGCCGCCAAGGAGAGAUACACGCCCGCCGCCGCCGCGGCGGCGCCGGAGUCGCCGCGGAAGCCGGCGUGGCGGUGCUUCUCCUACGAGGAGAUCCACCGCGCCACGAACGCGUUCCACGAGGGCAACCUGGUGGGGAAGGGCGGGUCGUCGGAGGUGUACCGCGGCGAGCUCCCCGACGGGCGGGCCGUGGCGGUGAAGCGGCUGAUGGGCGCGUGGGCGUGCGAGCGGCGGGAGCGCGACUUCCUGGCGGAGCUCGGCACGGUGGGGCACGCGCGCCACCCCAACGUGUGCGCCCUCCUCGGCUGCUGCGUCGACCGCGACCUCUACCUCGUCUUCCACUUCUCCGGCCGCGGCUCCGUCUCCGCCAACCUCCACGACGAGAAGAAGGCGCCGGCGAUGGGGUGGGCGGUGCGGCGCGCCAUUGCCGUCGGCACGGCGAGGGGGCUGGAGUACCUGCACAAGGGGUGCCAGAGGAGGAUCAUCCACAGGGACAUCAAGGCAUCCAACGUGCUUCUCACCGACGACUUCCAGCCUCAGAUUUCCGAUUUCGGGCUCGCCAAGUGGCUGCCGUCGGAGUGGACGCACCGGGCGAUCGCCCCGAUCGAAGGAACAUUCGGGUGUUUGGCACCGGAGUACUACACGCAUGGCAUCGUCGACGAGAAGACGGACGUGUUCGCGUUCGGCGUCUUCCUCCUGGAGAUCAUGACCGGGAGAAAGCCGGUGGAUGGCAGCCACAAGAGCUUGCUCAGCUGGGCGAGGCCGUUCCUGAACGAGGGGAGGAUCGAGUCGCUGGUGGAUCCGAGGAUCGGCGGCGACUACGACGGCGAGGAGGCGCGGCGGCUGGCGUUCGUGGCGUCGCUGUGCAUCCGCUCGUCGGCGAAGUGGAGGCCAUCCAUGACCGAGGUGCUGGAGCUGCUGGAAGGCGUCGAGAUCCGGCAAGAACGGUGGACGAUGCCCGAGGCAGUGGAGGACGACGACGACGAGGAGCUAUGGAGAUUCGAUGACCUGGAUGACGAAGAUGACGAAGAUGAAGAGGAGUUCAACACUGCAUCCCCAUCUUCUUGCUCAUCAUCUUUGAGCAAUUAGUAGUUAGUAAUAGUAUCUAAGAUUGUGAGUAAGCUUGUGAUGUUGUUACAAGAUGAAAUUUUUGAUAGUUACUCUCCACUGGGCCCACUUGUAAAUAGAAAGGAUUUUCAUCUUAUCAUCAUCCAACAGGCUAUGAAAAGCAAGUAGUACCAAUACCAGAGUACCAGUCCAAUUGAUCUUGACAUGAACAUCAAAAGAUAGUGUACUUUCACGCAUAAAAUA